AUGUCAAUGUUUUCGCUAGGGAAGCUUUCGUCUUCCUCGACACAACCAAUAUACUUUGAUGUCAGGUUGAAGUCAUCUUACAAAAAUAUUGUACUGAUUCAAGGGACACCGCUUGAAGCGUCGCCCAUACCCAUAUCCGGUCAUAUAGUAUUUUCUGUUCCAGAGACAAUCAGUGUGAAGAAAAUUGCACUAAAACUUGCCGGGACGUUCAAGCUUGAGUUUUUACAGGUGGGGCACCACAAAAAUUCCAGUGUUGCCAGUAUUGUUAAGGAGCGCCGCACGAUCUUUGAGUGCGUUUGGGACAAUUUACUGGUUUCUCCAAUCGGGCGUAUAACGGUUGGAGACCCGAGCCAUUGCGAAAGCCAGCCGGAGCUUCCAAGUGGUGCUACCCCUCGCCCACAUUUGAUUCAGUCGCUUUCCACACCCACCAUCAAUAAUCUUUGGAAGCCCAAAAAGAGCAACUCUGCUAUUGGGCUUGACAAGAGCUCUGACAAAAGCUUCACUAGCCUUUUUGAUGGAAUAAGCACGGGGCCUGGGCAUACGUUUGUAAUUCAAAAAGGAAACUAUGAGCUCCCCUUCAAAGUGUCAUUGCCCCCAAAUAUUGCCGAAACAAUUGAGGGUCUUCAAGCUGGAUCUGUCUUGUACAAAUUCGAAUCGCAAAUGGACCGUGGGGGCUUCAAAAAUGCGUUCACUAAGCACAAAUACGUGCGGAUUUUUCGUACUCUUUCCCCAAACAAUCUCGCAGUUGGCGAAGAGAUGUCGGUGGGCAAAAGCUGGCCCGACAGAUUACAGUAUGAAAUAUCAAUACCAAGCCGUGCCAUUCCUGUUGGAGGCGUUACCCCAGUAACAGUUAGCCUGUAUCCAUUCCAAAAGGGGUACAAGCUGUACAAGAUUGAAGUCAGCUUAAUCCAAUACUACGCGUUCAAGGAUCAAAACGAACAGAUGUAUGACGAUGAAAACAUUGUCUUUCACAAAGUGAUGAAAGACUUCAAAGACCUCGGCGGGUGUGAUGGUUCAGUUGACAAUACGAUAGUUGAUAAAGUGGUUCUGAAUUCCUCUGUGCACCUUCCCGCCAAUCUGAAGCAAGUUACUCAAGAUUGUGAUAUCGGUGGAGACGCAAUACGCGUCCGCCAUAAGUUAAGCAUUAAAAUAACUUUGAAGAAAAGAGUGGGAGAAGAAGACAAAAAGACAGAGAUCAAAGCGAAUAUACCUGUCUUUUUGUACAUUUCACCACAUGUGCCUGUGGAGGGGCGGCUUGUAUUGCUGGACAAUACAGGCAAAGUCCAUUUCCGCUCUGGCGAAGGUGUGCCCUUAUUUGAAAAACAAAUUCUCAAUACUACGUUGGCAAGCUCAACAUCGCUCAACAAUUUGCAGAGAUCAGAUGAUGGUAGCUUGUCUGUGAACUACUUUCCAGAAGAGGAUACGGAGGCUCCGCCAACUUAUGCGAAGCAUGUUUAUGAUCAGGUGUUCGAUGCGGACAACGAUAUUAGUCAAUUAGAAGCUCUUCGAAGUACUUCUACAACCCCAUUGGCAAAAUGCACUUUAAGGGCACCAUUAGAUAGCCAGAUUCGAAGUUUGUCCCUGGAAAACUUGAAUCGUGUUCCAUCUUACGAGCAGGUUGUGGACGAUGUUGAAGAUGAACCAGCGCUUCCGAUUUGCGAGUUAACGCCUUCAUAUGAGGUUUCUAACCCUCUUUCGCAACCUUGCUCUACGCCGAACUCUGCCGAAAACUCGCGGCCUACUAGCCCAGAGCCCGCCAAUAUAGCCUCUCGCAAAUCACAGGGAACUUUACACGGAGGGCUGGCUCAUUUCGUUCGAGCCCAGAUACCAGAUCGGGCGAAAUCCCCGGUUCAUUCCAGGCAGGCUCAGGAUUCUUCAUCGCAUACUGCGGGAUCUCAUCUGCACAAUCUUUUAGGACACAGCAAAAGCGGUGACAAAGUACCAUCAAGCCACAAACCAUAG